AUGCAGACAUGCAUCUCUCGCCAUCGCAUGUCGAAGCUCACACUAGUAGGCACGCAUGUGGGCUCGAAAGUGGCCAAGGCUGUGCUGAUGUCUGUCGCGGCCGGGAAGCUGACGCCGGAGAUCGUGGGUGAGGCGCUCAAGUCUUCCUCGACGAUUCGCGGACACGUGCAGCGAGAGGCGGUGCGGCUACUCGUCGUUCGCAUCUCCAUGGGCGCGCCGCAGCAGCUGCAAUGGCUUCUAAGCCUCAUCGGCGACUGCGUCGGAAGUCUUUCUGCCACCGAUGCGUUGAGCUCUCUGGCGAAGCGGUCCCUCUUCUAUCAAGUGACCUCGUUUGGUCUGCACGGCUCUGCCGCCUCGGCAAUAACAACGGCCGCGCUACAGAUCGGCAUGACCACCUGCACCCUUCUCACCAGUAACGCCGCCUUAUGGCGUGACCAGGACAGCCGCAUGUCGCUUCGGCAAUACCGUUACGAGCUGCUCACUACUAUGUACACAAGCGUCGGCACCGUUGCCGGCGGCGCAGCAGGAGCGGCGGUGGGAUCAAUGGUGAUGCCAGGUAUUGGGACUGCGUUUGGAUCUGUGCUCUGCUCCGUUGGCGGAGGCUACGUGCCGGGUUAUCUGCGAGACAAAAAAGGCCCGGACGACCGUCGCCGCCAGCAGGCGGUGGCGCUGCGCCGUUUCACCCCACUGCGGAUGCACGAUACGCAAGACGGCGCCGUGUUCAUGUCCAUGGAGGAGCUCACCGAGACACCGCCCAUCGCUCCAGCAUCGGCAGCCGCACAGGCGAGCGACGCGCCAAAGGAGAUGCAAGAGGUGCAGGAUACCGGUGAUACCAGUGCGCGAGAUGGUGACGCAGCGAAGGCCACGGAGGUGGAUUCGGAAAAUGGUGACGCAUUCGUAGGCGACGAGCCGGUAUGGCUAGACUUUGUCCGCUCCGAGACGCCUGCUACCAUCUCGCUGACGGAGUCGUGCACGGACACUAAGGUGAGCAUUGAAGGCGAGGACGGCAGCCGAGCGCCGCUCAUGCGCAGCUGCCUGCGGUUUAGCCCGUCGCUGGCGGUACUAUCCAAGAUGGGGAGCAUUCCCGGUGAUUGUAGCAGUGGGACACAGUCAAGCGGAACCUUAUUCCAGGAAGCAGAUCCCGUCAGUGCCGACGCUACCAUGAUCACCUCUCUCUCCUCGGUUCCCUCGUCGUUCUGUGACGCGGUCGACGCAGAAACCGCGGCGACGGCUGCAGAGCGCUUUGAGGGCCGGGCAAAGUACGUGACGGCGUCAACGGCGGAGGAGCUUCAGCAGGAGCUGGAGAAGUGUGGCGGGGACAGCGAUGUACUGUUUUUGUUUGCUUAA